AUGCCGGUCAAAACUUCAUCCCUUAGCAUUAAAGCUCUUCCCCUAGAAGCAAUCUCCGAGGCAGUUCAAAUCUUAUCUCCUUCCUCUAUCCUUCCAUCUACUCAUCUUUUCUCGCUUCAAAUAACCGUGUUAAAUGACCCGACCAUAAAACGUACUUACAAAAUUAAUGUCAAACAAUCCAGUCUUCUCAUGCAAAAGUCGGGUCUUUUCUACAAUCUUUCCACACAAUACAAUAACCUCGCAGCAUCCUAUUCAUCCUUAAAUCAUGAAGAAUCCUUGAAGCAAAAAUUAUUGGCCGAGGAAGCGGGUGGACUACCGAUGCUUUGUAUCGAGGCACCCGUAAGUCCAAUCAAUGGACCACUCCUCGUCGACGCAUUUUUGGAUUGGUUAUGUAGCACUGCCGAUAUGAGAGAUAUUUUAACUUCUUCGCUGGCAUCGAAGAUUCAAUCUCAUCAAGAUUUCUUUUCUUUACUUAAUUUUUCCACAUUACUGAAUCUUUUUGAGCCAUAUCGUACUGCUGUGGAUGAGAUCCUGGUAUAUUAUUAUUUUGGUUUAUCAGUGGAAGAGAGGAGGAUUGGCAUCUUGAGUAACGAACAGUUCAUUGAAGGGUUGGUUCCCGGAAGAUUCGCUAAAAGGUUGGCAGAGGCUGUUAGCGAAGAUGCGGCAACAGAAAUCUUGGCAUCUUUCUUUAGGGAUAGAAAAUCAAGUAAUGAGAUGAAGAAGGGAGAAUGGGAAGAGUCGUCACUUGAUGACGUCAGCUCACCGGUUUCAAAGAUUUUGGAAUGGAUAAAUGCCACACAUGAUCAAUCGGUUCCCGGUACGCCCUUGACAGCAUCUUUAGAUUACGCAGAGCCACCAACGCCCAUGGGUUCCGCAUACUUUUGCACCAAUGCUUCACAGUGCAUUUCGCGUACACCAAAAACCUACUAUCACAUGUUAUCUCGUUCUCUUCCUCACUCGUCGAGCAUGGAAUUCAAGCAACUUUCUUACUCCGGACCACCACCAAACACUCCACGAACUCCGGAUCUAAUGGAGUCGGUCAUGAUGAAGGGCAUUACCACGCCUACUAGCGCCGAUUCGGAUAAAACAAUGACACUAUCAAUUACACCUCUAGUUCCCCCGAAUACUCCCAAUACCUCCACAAGUAUAGAGGAGACGAACACUCGUCUAUCACCAUCCUCCUCAUACACGAACUCGCCUAAAACCCCCUCCAUGCCUAGAAGCAUAUGUGCGUCACCCUCCACUCCAACGAUUGUAAAAAUAAUGGAUCCUGGUGACGCCAUCGAAAACGAAAUGCAGCUAGAGAAAGGAAAACACGAACUAAAUCAAAAUAAACAGCAUCAUGAAAAGAAAGUUCCCAUCAAGAACUCCUCCGACGGAACUGAAGUUCCGACCAAAAGGUUGAAGAAGAUGUACGAGAAAUCUCGUUUCACUCGCAUUCCUCCAACCUAUGUUGUGAUCAUCGGGUUGGCCAUCAUGAUCUUUUGGUUGAAAUAUCAAGGAUGGUUUGAAUUUCGAAAUCUCAAGGGAUGGUUUGACUGUUUUACACGCGAAGAUGAUCAGAGCAAAAAAUUAAUGGAUUUUGAGGGGACGGACAUUUCAUAA